UAUAUGAGUCAUAAGAUACUAUACAUGAAUUUAUCUUAUGAGAAAGUAAUAUCUUACAUAUUAAACAGUUUAUUGUGCGUGAUAGCAGAUGAUAGUCCAGUGAUCUUGACAGUUCAGGCUUUGACAUGCAGCAGAAGAUGUUACAGCGAUUCUCAACUUGAUGUUACUCACUUUCGAUUAAUUAAUAAUUUAAAUCAGAUGAUUAGAAUAUUAUCAAAGGAAAAAAACCAGAAAUCAAGAUUAUUUGCUUUGGAAAGAAUCAUGUCAAAAAAUUGGCAAAUAUUGGCUAAGGAAUUUCACAUAAUGAAUUAGAUAUUCUCUCUAUAUAUUAGAAGUGAAUAUGUUCUUGGAAGAUGAUUAGAAUAAUGAUUGACUUGAU